AUGAGUGCCCGAUACGACAGAGCUAUCACUGUAUUCUCGCCCGACGGCCAUUUGUUCCAAGUUGAAUAUGCACAGGAAGCUGUGAAGAAAGGAUCAACAGCCGUUGGUGUGAGGGGCAAAAGUAUAGUUGUUUUAGGUGUAGAAAAGAAAGCGGUUGCAAAACUUCAAGAGGAUAGGACCGUGCGUAAAAUCGCUCUCAUUGACGACCAUGUAGCCCUAGCAUUUGCAGGACUCACUGCAGAUGCCAGGAUUCUGAUUAACAGAGCACGUACAGAAUGCCAGAGUCACAAACUUAUUGUGGAGGAUCCGGUCACACUUGAGUAUAUCACCCGACAUAUUGCUCAGCUAAAACAGAAAUAUACUCAGAGUAAUGGUCGACGACCGUUUGGACUGUCAGCACUAAUAAUUGGUUUUGACUAUGAUGGAACUCCUCACCUGUAUCAGACCGACCCCUCUGGGACAUACCAUGAAUGGAAGGCAAAUGCCAUAGGUCGUAGUGCCAAACCUGUACGCGAGUUCCUGGAGAAACACUACACAGAGGAAGUGGCCCAAAGUCAGGAGGAGUGCAUCAAACUAGCUCUAAAAGCCCUGCUGGAAGUUGUUCAGUCUGGUGCUAAAAAUGUAGAGCUGGCUGUUAUGAAAGAAAAUGAACCUCUCAAGAUGUUAGAAUUGGAAGAAGUGGAAAAGUUCAUCACAGAAAUAGAACGUGAAAAAGAGGAAGAAGCAGAUAAGAAGAAGCAAAAGAAAGGAACAAAUUGAUUAGUAGCUGUUGUGUAGAUCAGACUUGAUGAUGACAAAGAGAGAGGUUGAAAGUUAAAGCAUUGUAUAAAAACCUCAUUCCUUAACAGCAGUGCAUUUCACCACCAAGAAGGACAACUACAAAGGACACACCAAGUGUUGCAAAACUAGAAAUGCCAGAACAUUGAUGUAUAACAGAGUUGAUUUCAGACCAUGAUUUCCUCUUGAUUAGACUGGAUAUCAGCAUCACAGCAUCUGAAUCAUGUAGUGAAUUCAGCAUGUGCUAUUACUAACACUCCAAGUGCUAUCAGCUUCUCUCCAAGUGUUAGUAAUUCCUGUACAUGUUGAAAAAUAGUUUGAUAUCAGGAAGUUUUCAAUAUGUAAUGGAAUUUCAUUUUCAUGAAUAAAUAUUCACUUCAUCA